AUGGAGACAGUAAUCCUCAUGUGGCAGGCUGGCCCUGAGAAUCAGGGGGCACACAGCAGGUGCUCAAGUCUUGUUUGUGUUCCCAGGAAUACCAGUGGAGGGUUUCUGAGCAUCGAUCCUACCGCCCCGGCCUGGGAGGGCACACUCACACCAGCGAAUGGAAGUGACGAGGACCAUCUUCCAAGUAACAACGUGGAAAUCCUGAUCGUGACUUUGCUGACCUUCACCUUUGCCCUGGGCGGGCUGGUGGGAAACGUGACCGUGCUCUGGCUGCUGGGCUGCCGCAUGCAGAGGAACGCUUUCUCCGUCUACAUCCUCAACCUGGCAGGAGCUGACUUCCUCUUCCUCUCCUCCCAGGUUGUAUAUGCCCUGGAGGCGCUCAUCAACUUCCAUUCGGUGUACUUUUCCAUCCCCAGAUUUUUCACCACCAUGUGGACCUUCGCCUACAUCGCGAGCGUGAGCAUUCUCAGCGCCAUCAGCACCGAGCGCUGCCUGUCGGUCCUUUGUCCCAUCUGGUACCGCUGCCACCGCCCAAGACACACGUCAACUGUGACGUGUGGCCUGCUCUGGGCCCUCUCCCUGCUGCUGAGCAUCCUGGAAGGGGAGUACUGUGGCUUCCUGUUUAGGGAUUUUGACCCUGGAUUGUGUCUGGCGUUUGAUUUCGUCACGGCCGCCUGGCUGAUUUUCUUAUUUGUGCUUCUCUCUGGGUCCAGCCUGGCCCUGCUGACCAGACUGCUGUGGGGCUCCCAGCGGAUGCAGCUGACCAGGCUGUAUGUGACUGUGGGGCUCACAGUGUUGGCCUUCCUCUUCUGCGGCCUGCCCUACGGCAUUCACUGGUUUCUGGUAUUCUGGAUUCAGCAGGGUUUUGAUGAGUCCCUCUGGUAUCUUUAUCUGGCUGCGCUCACCCUGUCCUGUGUCAACAGCUGUGCCAACCCCAUCAUUUACUUCUUUGUUGGCUCCUUCAGGCAGCGGUGGCCCCGGCAGCGGAAGACCCUCAGGAUGGUUCUCCAGAGGGCCCUGCAGGACGCAUCGGGAGGGGAUGAAAGCGAAGUCCGCCUGCCUCAGGAAACUGCGAUGUCGGGAAACAGUCUGGCGCCCUGAUUCGGCGUCUGCCUCAGUCACAGAAAUGUGGCUUUGAGAACCAACUCUGUCCCUAUCGGUUGGAGAGGUUUUCUUCACUUCUCUCGGCCUUGGGGCCCCUGACCUUCAAACCCUAAAGUUGUAAGAUAAGCCUUACGGUUAAGAUAAUAUCCUCCCUCGUGAGGACUGCGGCGGUACCUGUGAAACAAACACUGACUGUCGCGCCUCAGGGACUGCCUUCCCCAGGGCCUUCGCUCCACCCCAACUCUACCAACUCCGGGGUGCCCUUUAGGAGAACCCCACCUUCAGCACAGGCUGAAAGCAGCGCAGGACGGUCUAAAUUCGUUUGGGCGCUGCACUUGGGAGGGACUGGAAGAACAUUCCAUUCUGUGGUCACCCUCCUGCAUCCUGUCUCCAUAAAUUUGAAAGAAUUAAAGAGCAGGCUAGCCUCGGAGAGCAGUCUUCUUUGAUUUUGGUAGGGCCUAGAAUAUGUCCCUACCUUAAUGUUUCUUGAAUCCAAGACUUAACGAACGAAUAAAUGACGAUUUUUUAAACCAA